AUGGCGAAUCCUAAUCAAGAGAUCAAAUAUACCAAACUCUUCAUCAACAACGAGUUUGUGGAUGCGAAGAGUGGCAAAACGUUCGCAACGCUCAAUCCGGCCACCGAGAAACCGAUCGCAUCCGUCGCCGAAGGUGACAAGGACGAUGUGGAGGUGGCCGUACGUGCGGCCAAGGCCGCGUUUGCCCGCUCGUCCGCCUGGCGCCAGAUGGACGCUUCGGGCCGUGGCCGGCUGCUGAACCGGCUGGCCGAUCUGAUGGUGCGCGACAUCGAUACGCUCGCGAACCUGGAAUCGCUCGACAAUGGCAAAACGUACGGUGACUCGGUGUUCGAUAUCAAUUGCGCCAUCGACACAUUCCGCUACUACGCGGGCUGGGCGGAUAAGAUCCAUGGCAGUACGGUACCGUCCGAUGGACCGGUCCUGACGUACAUCCGCAAGGAACCGGUCGGUGUGGUUGGGCAAAUCAUUCCCUGGAACUACCCAAUUCUGAUGCUGACCUGGAAGUGGGCACCGGCCUUGGCGGCGGGCUGCACGCUGGUGCUGAAACCGGCGGAACAGACACCGCUCAGCGCACUGCAUAUGGCCGCACUGUCGAAAGAGGCCGGAUUUCCGGACGGUGUGAUUAACGUCGUGAACGGGUUUGGACCGACGGUUGGUGCCGCGAUCGUGGCCCACCCGGACAUCCGCAAGGUGGCGUUUACCGGGUCGGUCGAGACGGGUCGCAUCAUCCUGAACGGGGCGUCCACCUCCAAUCUGAAGAAGGUUUCGCUCGAGCUCGGUGGCAAGAGUCCGCUGGUGAUCUUCAACGAUGCUGAUCUUGACGAAGCGGUAGAGAUUGCACACAAUGCGAUCUUCGCCAACCACGGUCAGAAUUGCUGUGCCGGAAGCCGCACUUUUGUGCAGGAGGGCAUUUACGACGCGUUCGUCGCGAAGGCUGCCGAAAUGGCCCGCCAGCGCAAGGUGGGCGAUGCGUUCCAGGACGGUGUCCAACAGGGUCCGCAGGUCGACGAGGAACAGUUCACGAAGAUAUUGAGCUACAUCGCAUCCGGCCAGGCGGAGGGUGCAAAGCUGCAGGCCGGUGGUAAACGUUCCGGCGCGACCGGGUACUUUGUCGAACCGACCGUCUUCUCGAACGUGACCGAUGAAAUGAAGAUUGCGCGCGAGGAAAUCUUCGGCCCGGUGCAGAGCAUCCUGAAGUUCAGCACGCUGGAUGAGGUGAUCGAGCGUGCGAACAGCACUGAGUACGGGCUGGCAGCCGGAGUCGUCACGAAGGACAUCAACACUGCCAUCACCUUCACGAACGCGGUCGAGGCUGGAUCCGUGUGGGUUAACUGCUACGACUAUGUGGUGCCGACGACACCGUUCGGUGGCUACAAACAGUCCGGAAGCGGCCGCGAACUCGGCUACAGCGGUAUAGAGCUGUAUCUGGAAACCAAAUCCGUCACGAUCAAGCUACCGUCCAAGGUGUGA